AUGGAUUUAGGGGUCAUCAGCACCCAGCUGGAAGGAGCUGAAGCCUUGAACAUGAAUGACAUCAUCAAGGUGGAAGCAGACGAGGUUACAGAAGAGUCUCAUAUCACCAUGGAUGCAGAGGAACACCCUUCUUCAAAGGACUCCUCCCGGGAGGACUCACAGGAGCCCCCUAUCCCUGAAGCCCCCUUGAAGCCUUCCAUCUCUGAGACCCCUUUAGAAUCACUUACCCUUGAAACUCCUUUGGAGCCAUCCACUUCCCAGAACCCUUCAGAGACCCAUGCCUAUGAAACCCCCUUGGAGUCUUCCACCUCUGAGACUCCUAACCCUUUAGAGCCCCAUGCCUAUGAAACCCCCUUGGAGCCCUCCAUCUCCAAGGCCUCUUUAGAACACUCUAUCCCUGACAGCCCGUUGGAGAUCCACAUCUCUAAGGUCCCAGAGAAACACCUUACUUCUCAUAUUUCCUCACCAGGCCAUGCCUCUAGGUCUUCCUCUGGUGCUCUGAAGGAAGGCCUCCUCUCUGAGUCUUCCUCCAGAGAGGCCUCCUGGACAAGAAAAUCCAUUCAGAUCCCCGAAUCUGAGUGCCUUCAAAAGCACUCCCUUUUGGACCCAUCAGCCCAGGUCCCGCUGGGCACAUCUGCAAAUGAAAGGGAAGAAGAAGGAGAGGACAAGGAUGAGGUGGAUGCCACUGACAGCGCCAUUCACACAGCUCAGCCUGGACACCAUCUGGGCAAGAAGAAGGAGAAGAAAGGAGUUGGCCGUUGCACAGUCAGCCCAGUGGUCCCUGCUCAGCAGGCAGAGCUGGUGAAAGUGCCUAAUGCGGUGCUCAGAGAGAAGUUUGGUGCACAGGUGAAUAAUCUGUUCCAGUGGGAGAAGAAUGCAGCCCUGAGUGCCAUCCAGACAGGUCUCUACAUUGGCUGGCGUUGCCCCCAUUAUCUAUGGGACUGUUUCCGGAUUGGGGAUGAGUCCAAGUGCUUUUGUGGACACUUGUUGAGAGAGCACCAGAUCUUAUCAGACAUAUCUGUGCCCUGCAAUGCGAGCCAGUGCCGCUGCCUCAUGUUCUGCUUUAUCCCAUCAUGCCCAGAGGAGGUGGGUCAGUUCUGGCUCAGGAGACGAGCCACCUUUGACCCCAAGGCCUGGAGAGCCCAAUGUCGCUGCAAACACAGCCAUGAAGACCAUGCAGCUACUGGGUCCCAUCCCUGCAGGGUGAAAGGCUGUUGCUGCAACUGCUUUGAGUCUAAUUUCCUCUGUGCAGCCUGCGAUCGGCGCUGGGAAGAACACCAGACUUUCUUUGAGACUGAGCAGACCCGGCGACGAAGAGGGAGGCCUCAUGGAGCAGACUAUGUGCCUUUUGCAGAGAUUCCUACCCUCCAAGAAACCAUCAUCAGCAACUCUGACUUCGAGGCCCUACAGAAGCAGGGGCCCUCUGGCCAUCCCAGCUCCCACCCCAGGCCCCCUGGUUUCCCUGGCCCACACAGCCUCCAACCUGGCCCUACAUCUAACCCCCAUAACUGA